GAAAAAUGCCAUGGCUUGGGAAAAGGGAGGGUGUCUCUUUAUAGACCUUAUCAAUAACAGAGACAAGGAAGGGUGUGUGUCUCUAAUAAUAAUCUCCAAAAAUGGGUUCGCAGUUGCAGAGCUCCUCAGAAAUGCUGUCGAGGGAACAGUUGCUUCAUCUCUUCGAUCGAUUCUCUUUCCUCACCUCUCAGCCCGAUGGGAAGAAAAGAAUCGCAGAUGGUGUUGAGGACAAACAGGAAGCUGUUGCCUUAACCACUGCCAUCCAGGAAGAGAUAUUUCUGGAGAUGGGGAUUGAUCCAAGGUUUGGCAUAUCAUCCCUGGGAAAGUUGAAUGAAAAAUAUGAGAAUGAUCAGGAUAUGAUGAUCCGCUUUUAUAAGUUCAUUGCAAGGGAGGAGAUGGCCUGUGAUGAAGCUGAGCUUGGAGCAGAUGAAUUUGUGGAAAGGAUGCAUAGCCAAGAAAAAUUACAGGAGCAGCAACUGGAGAUGCUAAAGCACAUGCGGAAAUUUCCCCUGGAUGAUCAAUCUGCAAUCCUUGAGAAGCUGCGUCAGCAGAUGGAAAAUGCCGAUUUUGAAGGCGCUGCAUCAGUUUUGUCUUCAGAGCAGAUUCAAGAGAUUGUUCGGAGGAGGGUGUCUCCUUUAUUUAAGCCAAGGUAGAUUGGAACAUGCAUCAGUGAUGCAAUGUAGUUUGGUUUCAGACUGGUACUUUGUCCAUGGUCUCGAUGUAGCUGUUGUUUGUUGUAGUAAUUGCUCAUUAUAUGUAGACUGGAUUUCGGUUGUGAAGUAAAUUUGUUUUUAAGAAGGUAA